CGUUCUAUGUGCGUAUAUCCUUUUCUACAUAGCUACCUCGACUCCCAAUCCUCAAUUAAAAGCAAACGCUCGGUCUAGAUGCGUUUAUGAACAAGAGUUACUAUCAGAUCUCUUCCAUGAGAAGAAUUGAAAAUGUUAGAUGAAAGUGGUAAAAACACUUUUGUGUUGUGUGAAUAAUACAAUUUACAUAUAAACGUUCGGAAGUUUGAGUCUGUGAAAUUGGCGCGUAAGUUACGUACGCUUGCGCACAAAGUACCGGCCGGAGGAAUUUUGUGUUGACAUGUGUGCAUUUAUUGUUUCAUCUCGGCAUUCAAUUCCAAUCUUGCGAAGAUGAGGUCGUUAAUUAACAUUGCUUGCUUUAUUUGCGUAUUGUUCACUGUGAGUACGAAUGCAGAUAUGACAGAAUCCAAGGAUGUAGUAGUGGUGGUAUUGAGCCAAAAGGAAGGCUAUCAUGCUGCUCAUGCUGAUUAUUUGCGAAAAAGCAUUUAUGAGCAAGCAAAUACCCUCGAGAAAGUAGCACCAGAAAUAGUAUUGUCUCAUGAACUCCUUAUCAAAGAUUCUUGGACAAUAACUUCAUUGUUGAUUCAUUUGUCAAGUGCAUUUCCAAAUGCACGAUGGUUCUUCUUUUGUUUGGAGAAUACUGUAAUUCGGCUGGAGAAGCUGUUGGAUGUCCUUGGAAGAUUUAGCGCGUCUCUAGACAUAUGGAUUGGACAUGCUCUUUAUGACCAUGAACCUACUAUUAUUCAUCAUUUUGAGAAGCAUACUAAGAAAUUUAAGUACCCGAAUAUUGCGUCAGGAUUUGCCAUGACUUCUAAGCUAUUAAAAAGUCUAUCUGAAGAAAUCUCCAAAGGCAGAGCUCCAAAGCCAGAUUUUUCUAUCGACUCGUCAUAUGAAUUUGCGAGUUUCGUUCUAAAGAGUGCAAACGCUGUAAGAUUGACACAUGUGUCUAAAAUAUGUGUUGUAUCUGGUUCUGAUUGUGCCACGUAUCCUCGAUUCUUCCAUCCUUGUAGUUCUUCCAUAUCCCCAGAGAAUGUAUACUUUGCCGUUAAAACUUGUUCCAAGUUCCACAAAGACAGAAUCCCGGUGAUUAAGCAAACGUGGGCGAAGCAUGCGAAGAAUAUAGGAUACUUCAGCGACACUGCAGACAAGUAUUUACGGAAUGCGUACGUCGUGCCGAAUACUACGGAAGGACAUUGCGCCAAAACUUACGCCAUUUUGCAAAUAACUAGCGAUAUAAUGAAGAGAGACAAUCUCGAUUGGCUGGUCAUCAGCGACGACGACACUAUAUUCAGCGUAGCACGUUUGUUGCGUUUGCUCACGUGCUACAAUCCUGACAAUUCGGUCGCGAUUGGCGAACGUUACGGCUUCCGUACAUGGGACAACAAUCACGGUUAUAAUUACUUGACCGGUGGCGCGGGAGUCGUGUUAUCUGCUCCGUUGGUUCAUCGGAUGGUAGAAACGGUGAUAUGCGUUUGCCCAUCCGAUAUUACUCCCGACGAUAUGCAUCUCUUCGGGGCCUGCUUCCUCCGCCUCGGAUAUAUUCAUUCACAGCCGGUACAUUCUCCGUUGUUUCAUCAGGCACGGCCCAUGGAUUACGCUACUGCUUAUCUGGCGUCGCAAGAACCCGUGUCAUUCCACAAAUUUUGGAUGAUUGAUCCUAAAGUCGUAUACGAUGAAUGGUUCGCAGAGGCGGAUAGUAUCUUAUCCGAAUCGCCACGACACACAGAAUUGUAACGUGUCGUGAUCUUUGUGAUCAAGACAUAGAAUAAAAAUUGUCUUACUUUUGUA